AUGGCUAACUUGCUGCCCUUUCGAGACAUCAAUGUCCACGCUUCCACCAGCCACUAUGCGUUCACUUCCCCUUCCAACUCCUCUGCGCCCACCCUGGUGGUGGAGAGGCCGUCGGGGGACAUUCGACUGAACGAUGGAUCUCUCCUGGGGGCAAAACGAGUGACGAGUGUCGCUGGAAUUUUGGGCAUCAUCAAACUGAAGCUGGACAAAUAUAUCAUUAUCAUCACCAAAGCACAACCCAUGGGCAGACUGCGUGGCCAUAUGGUCUAUAAGGUGGUCGCUACAGAAUUUCUCCCUUUGCGGGAACGACCCGUCCGAGACCCCGACGAAGAUACCUACCUCUCCUACCUCAAGGCGUUACUUAGCUCGAGUCCCAUGUACUUUUCCUACUCGAUCGAUAUCACGUCCAGCUUCCAGCGCCAGUCCGAGUCGGAUCUCUCGCAGCCGAUGUGGAAGAGAGCAGAUGAUCGCUUCUUUUGGAACAGAUUCGUUCAGACAGACCUCAUCGACUUCAGACUGGGAGGGUUGCGAGGACAACAACAACCUGGGGCCGAUCCAUAUAUUCUCCCGGUCAUGCAUGGCAUGUUGCGUAUCACACCGGCCAAGGUCAAGAACACUCCAUUCACUUUCGCCCUUAUCACUAGAAGAUCUAGAUUUCGCGGUGGGACAAGAUACUUCUCUCGGGGCGUUGAUGAGGAUGGGCAUGUAGCAAACUUCAACGAGACGGAACAGAUUGCUUUGCUCAACGAUGCCUCGGGCCCCGUGGGCUACUCCGGCGGACAACGUAUUCAGAACGGAAUUGCCGGAGGGCAGACCGCGGAAACCCAAGUCAUGUCAUACGUCCAGACGCGCGGCAGUGUCCCUGUCUUCUGGGCUGAAAUCAAUGAUCUCCGCUACACACCGAAGCUGCAAAUUCGAGGGGUCGAGUCUGCAGUCGAUGCCGCGCGGAAGCACUUUGACGAGCAGAUCAGAAUAUAUGGCGAGAACUACCUGGUCAACCUGGUCAAUCAGCGCGGCAGGGAGGAACGGGUGAAGAAGGCUUAUGAACAAAUGGUCCGCAUCCUCGUCAGCUCUCCAGAUGAGUCCGUCGAAGCCGAUCUGCGAACAGACGAAAAGUUCCGAGAUAUUGAGCCGCAGAGCAGUCGUCAGAGGAUGGACAAACUGCACUAUAUCUACUUUGAUUUCCACAGCGAGACCAAAGGGUACAAAUGGCACCGUGCUGAACUCUUGCUGGACGAGUUGCUAGAUGGUUUGAGGAAAGGACAGUAUUUCCGGGGCGUUGAAAUGCCCGGAGAUCCAUCUGGAGCACUCGAAGUUCGAUGUCGGCAGACCGCAGUUGUGCGCACCAAUUGUAUGGACUGCCUAGAUCGUACAAAUGUGGUUCAGAGCAUGUUGGGCAGAUGGGCCUUGACCCAGCAGUUCCAAGAUGCCGGCAUCCUCCAACCCGGCGAGAGGGCACAAGACGACAGAGCCUUCGAGUUCCUAUUCCGCAAUGUAUGGGCUGACAACGCCGACGUGGUGUCGAAUUCAUACUCGGGGACCGGUGCACUGAAGACGGACUUUACUCGCACCGGAAAACGCACGAGGGCUGGGGCAGUGCAGGAUUUCAACAACUCGGCCACGCGCUAUAUCCGCAACAACUUUCUUGAUGGCCCUCGACAGGACAGCUUCGACCUCUUCUUGGGAACCUAUCUGCCAUCCACCUAUGGUGUCGGAUCUUCUUUGAUGUUUGCCGACCGAAGACCACUCAUCAUUCAAGCUGUGCCCUAUGUGUUGGCAGCGUCAUUGUUUAUCGUUCUCGUGUCGCUUCUUACUCGCCGACCUUCAGAUGCAGCAAUCUGGCCGCUGCGUAUCUUUGUUAUUCUGUGUCUGGUUGUGGCAGGGUGGGCGUUCCAGUUCAUCUAUGCACAUGGACUGCUGUAUGUGAAUUGGCCGAAGCUCAACACGCCAUCAUUCGCGAGCGAAGGGUAUUCAGAGGCUUUAUCACGAGCCCACAAGGACAAGAUCGUUGGACCGAUCAUCGCCUCGGCAGGCGGCAAGGAUAGAAGACUGAGGAACGCGAGCGCGGCAAAUAUGGGAUAUAUGGAAGAGGGCAAGAAGAGAAUAGAGUAA